AUGCUGGAAAGUCAACAGGAGAGUCAACAACAGGAAAGUCAACAACAGGAGAACCAGCCAGGAGAGAGCCAGCCAGCAGAGAGUGAACCCUAUGACAGUGAUGAGACAGUCGACAAUCAUGAAAGCAAUGAAGCACACAACAGCUCGGUCAUUUGUCAGGUAGAGACUGGACCGCGUCAACUAAGCAUCACUCCUGCCACCAAAAGAAAGAGACGUCGUAAGGGACCAGAAGACGAGCUAGAGACUUCAAUUGUAGAAAGGCUAAACUCGUUAGACUCAAAGAGGGCUCAUGUCGACUCCGAUGAGGAUGGUUUGUUCGGUAGGCAGAUAGCUGCUACUCUACGGAGAUUUCCCUAUGAGAAGAAGGCGUUCGCAAAGCUCAGACUUCAACAAGUGAUGUUAGAGGUAGAGCUUGGUGGGUCAGGAGAUGGCUUUUCUCUGUUUAGAGAGAGCACCCCAUAGGUCACCAACCAUGCUUGUGUGCAUCACUGUGUAGUAUCCUGUGAUACGUGGCCAGCGACUACACUAUGUGUGGUCUAUAAACCGGCUUUUUUAAAAGCCACCAACUACAUCAGAGAGAGAGAAACUGCAGACUGCUAGCUACAUGACUGAUUGACAAACUCAUUAAUCGACAACAACAGGUCAAUAACUUUCAAUUGUCAUGUUUAACACAUACGUACUUUGGCACUGCCUGUGCCUACAUACUCUUCAUUAAUAUGCUCAUUAUAUUAUCUUGGGAAGUGCUAUUCGUAGCCCAUUUU